AUGGAAUUUCUCAGUGACUUCAAAAAACCUAUCGGUCCUUUCUUUGGUCCCGAGAACGAUAACUAUCAUCCAAUUGUUAAAAAGCUGAUGGAUAUGGUUCAACAAAAUAACUGGGAGGACAAUUUUGAUAAGGCGAUCUCUGACGCUCACAAGACAGGCAUUGAAGAAAUGGCCCAUAUACGUACUUUGGCUGAAUAUUACAAUUUUCUUAAUUAUUUGGUAAAGUGGGUACCUACAGAGGAUGAAACAGGAACUUUCAUUUACCGUAUGCUUUGCACAAUGUACUUUGUCCUUGAUCAGAAAACUGUCAAACCGCUUCAGUCACCCAUUGUGCCCUCGUACCCAUCACCACAGUACACGUUGCUAACUGAAUGGAUGGUCGAUUUCGCCAACUCUAUGGGAGAGUUUCUCGGUACGCCUCAAUCGCUUACCACGGAAUCUCUGCAGACAUUUUAUACUGCGCAGAACUAUAACUUGGACGCCUACGAGGUUCCCGAAGGAGGCUGGGUAGGAUAUACUUUUAAUGAUUUAUUCGCUCGAAGAUUCUUGCCAGGAACCCGACCCAUCGAUGGCCCUUCCAAUCCAGCAGUUAUCGUGAGUCCUGCAGACUCGACCUUCGAUGGCUCUUGGAACAUCAAUGCUAAGUCAAUUGUCACUUUAAAAGGCCUUCCCUGGAGCAUUAAGGAGUUACUUAAUAACAGUCAGUACGCAAGUGACUUUGCUGGAGGGAAAUUUAUGCACGCAUUUCUCGCACCAUACGACUAUCAUCGUUUGCAUGCUCCUGUCGAUGGCAAAGUACUCGAAGCCAAAGUUAUUCCAGGCCAGACCUAUCUCGAUGUUACUGUUAAAAAAGAUCCUAACAAUCCCGACAAACUGAUACUCGUACCUAGACGAAAAAUGAAAGCCGGCGAUGCCGAAGAACUCUCUGCUCCGGACUCUCCGGGGUAUCAAUUUUCCCAGGCUCGCGGUCUGAUUGUAAUCGAAAAUGAACAUAUUGGAAAAGUGGCUGUUUUACCAGUCGGUAUGGCACAAGUGUCUUCUGUGGUCCUCUCCGUUGGGCCAGAUGAUCUAGUGACGAAAGGGAAGGAGAUAGCUUAUUUUCAGUUUGGUGGAUCUGACAUUGUCCUCGUAUUCCAAAGCCAAAGCAAUGUUAAUAUUCUUGCUAACGAACAAGUACAUUAUAGAGUGGGUGAACAGAUUGCAAUUGCUCAAAGAUUAUUAUAA